UCAGAUUCGCUGUGAUCGCAGGAAAGUGUGCUCGAAUCACUGCGGGAGGUAUAUGUAUAUUAUUUCAUCGAUGUCUUUUAUCGGACCUUUACGACUGCAUCAAAUAUAAUACCAUUCCUCACGUGGCAACGCAGCCUUACAUGCCUUUGUAAAUACUAGUUGAAACGAAUACUUGCGACAAUAUGUUUUACAUAGUUCUUUCAAUAAAAUAGUGUUAUCCGACUGAAAAUUAGUGUUAGUACGAAAAUUAAUCACUUGUGAUCUUCCAUAUCAGGAAUUUAGUGACUGGUUCGAUGCUGAAGCUCUGCGUUAAUCUAUCGAUAAGUUCCAUUGUCGCACAAUUUUGACCGUUGCCUUACCGACACCACGUCGAUUCUUGAGGAAAAGGAAAUUUAUCCCUUUUAAUGCAUGCCAAACUACUUCAUUAGUUAGGGUAAUAAUAAUAAAGAAAGGAAGACGAUGGCUGUCACAGUGUAUCCUACAAAUAUCAAAUUAGAAUGCGGAAUGGAAUCCAAAGGUAUCAUUGAAAUCAAUGGAGGGAGCCAUUCAGGCUCCUCAGGACGCAGCACACCUAUUACCCCUAGCGAACCUGCACCUGGAAAGUUAUUUGUCGGUGGUCUCAGCUGGCAAACUUCCAGCGAAAGGCUGAGGGAAUAUUUCGGGAUGUUCGGGAACGUCACGGAUGUCUUGAUAAUGAAGGAUCCAUCAACACAGAGGAGUAGAGGAUUUGGAUUCAUAACCUUCUCAGAACCAUCUAGCGUAGACAAUGUAUUGAAGGUGCCUAUUCACACCCUUGAUGGCAAGAAGAUCGAUCCUAAGCACGCUACCCCAAAAAAUCGACCAAAAACCGCGACUAGAACCAAAAAAAUUUUCGUGGGUGGCGUGAGUCAGGACACUUCAGCCGAAGAAGUGAGGGCAUAUUUCGUUCAGUUUGGGAAAGUGGAAGAAUCCGUUAUGUUAAUGGACCAGCAAACCAAAAGACACAGAGGGUUUGGAUUUGUCACCUUCGAAAGUGAGGAUGUUGUUGAUAGGGUGUGCGAAAUCCAUUUCCACACUAUCAAAAAUAAGAAGGUUGAAUGCAAGAAGGCUCAGCCAAAGGAGUCAUCUCCUCCCGGUGCUCAGCUGAUGGGAAAACGUUUGAUGAUUGGAGGUCUUGGGAUGCGGGUGCACAAUCCUGCUGCUACUGGAGCUUUGACCGCAGCUAAUCCGAUGAUGGUCGCACAGGCUCAAGCACAAGCACAAGCUCAUGCUCAUGCUUUCGCCGCGAAUGUUGCUGCUCAAUCCGUAGCAGCAGGUUAUGGUAAAAUAUUUGGACCAUAUCCACCAUUGGCUAGUUACAGAUAUUCUCCAUAUGCUAUUCCAACAAUGACUGCUAGUGUUGGUGCUCCUCCAGCAGCACCGCCACCCCAGGCAACUCCAGGAGCUCCUAUUCCACCCCCUGUUGCACCGAGUCCGUAUCAAGGAUAUAACUUGGCAAAUAUCGACAUGUCCAGUUUCCAAGGUAUAGAUUGGGCUGCUAUGUAUGGAAUGGGCAUGUACCCCUAAAUAUUGCUCAUAAUUUUAGUGUAAAUAUCUUUCUCUUGAGAUUUUACCUAAAUUAGGUAUUUUAUGAUUGAACAAUCCAACAAUUUCUAGUUUCAUGAUAUUUUGAAAAUUUUCUACCUCAUCAAUAAUAAUUAAAAAUAUAAAAGUUAAAUUCCAUAAUGAAUCAUACUCAUGCAUACUCAACCUUAAAAUCAACUUCACCACAAUUCGUUCUUGAACGAAACCGUUUUUUCAGUCAAUUUUCCUGUUGAGAAACUGUUGGAUUGUUCCUUGUCAUAUAGAUUUAUCAUAACGAAGCAAAUCUGUGAAUCGGCAGAAAUAUUUUAAAACUGAUUUUCAACCAGAGUGAAGAAUGUAGAGAUCAUGUUUGCUCAAUAUGCUUCCUGGAUUCUUCAAACAAAGAUUAAUAAAAAUUGUCCUGGUUGAAUCCCAAGAUCUUAAGAAAUAAAAUAAAAGUUAUACCUAAUUAGUUUCCAAGUAUAUCAUUAAAAUCUCAUUUUUUGAAUAGAGUCACUGCUCAUUUAGUAUUUAGCAAUAACUCGCAAUAAAAUCAGUAUUAUCAAAUUUUACUCCUAUAACUUUUAUUUAAGUCCCUGAGAUUCCUGCUAAUGGCAAUAGUGUGUUGAGAAUCAAUUCAUGUUAGGUUGUACAAUGUACUUAAUUUUAUAUUAACUUAUUGUGUGACUGAUAGGAUAUUUAAUUUAAGUGUAUGUUGAAACUUUUUGCAUAAGUUUUAGAUUUUGUUGUGAAUCAUUUUACUCUUGAAAUGGCGUACCAUCUGGUUGUCUAUUUGAUUCCGAAACGUGAUAUUUCAAAUCAAAUUAUUAAUGUUUUAAAUUCCCAAAUUUUAUUUUAUCGAGUCAUUUAGGUCAAGGUUUGAAAUUUUAACAAAUUCCCAUAUUUAUUCAAUUUUCAGAGCUCUUAAGAUCUCACCUGUUAUAAACAUUUCUUAGUCACAAAAUAUAUUUUCCAAAUUUCCGAAAAAAGUUUUUUUUAUCAAGCAGAUCUAGUCAUCGAGGUCAACUGCCUUGUUUACUUACAAUCACUUAACCAGAGAGAGACAGACCUGCUCACAUUCCUGUAAUAGCUGUGCAUCGAUUUUUUAUAUUUGUGUGAUUCAAGGACCAAUGCGUCUAUUGCCUGGCUUUGUGCCAUGAUGCAAUCUAACUAAGAGCAACUACUUUGCCCUUCAUUAAUCAGCAAGUAAUUUAUAUUUUCCUUUCUGCAGCUAGUAAUUGUGCUACUUCUGCUUUCUUACUUUCUACGUAAAGAAUAUCCUUCUUUCAAUUCUUUAUACAUAUACUCAUGACAACCUACUGAAGAUGAAAUACUCAGUAUUAUGGACAGACUGACAUGCUCUUAGUUUAAGAUUGCCGUAAGUAUUUUAAAAAUGUUCAUACGGUUUUAUAAAUGCUUAGUUUUAAGUGAUACCGCCUAAUGGAACAAAACCUAUGAGCCUUGUGAUAGUUGUUGGGCAAAUGGUUAGUUCCAGCUCAGUUGCAAGUCUGUCAUGUAAGUCUGAACGUAUUUCAUUUGAAUUUUAUUUGAUUCUCAAACGAUAUUUAAAAAUUUUCACUCAUUAUUUCGUGAUACGAUUAGUGAGAUUCUCUGAUUUGUUUUACCUAAAUCAAUCUCUAUUGAUUGUUAUUUACAAUAAUUUUCACUUGAGGUGUUAUUUCUUCUUGGAUCGACUUGGAACUAAGUAAUUGGCGACAAUAGUUGUAAAUUUUAUUCAAAUUGACAGCAAUAAGCGUUGUGAGACAGAAUGAACCCUCUAUUUUUAUAUUCAAUUAUAAAUGUUAAGAAAAAUAAAACUUUAGUUUCACUUGUUGAGUGAGCCCUUACGAUUAUGUAAAUAAUGUAGUUUUAUAAGAGGGUUGGCUUGAAUUUGCGCAGAACAUGCGCCUUAGAGGAAGGUAUUAAUAGAAAUUUGAUGUAGUUAUAAAAAUUACUACCUAUGAAGUAUAUGACACUCCUAUUAACCUGUUCCGUAGACGUUUAUGUUUAGCCAUGUCGUAUGUAUUUUUGAAGAUACUGUAGGUAUUAAACUAAUGUAUAAGUUGACAUAGUGAGUAGAUUUUAGUGUUUGUAGUAUGUAACUGUGUGUGUAGUGUAGAGACGACUUCAUUUUAUGGUCGUUUUAUGCACUCUGUAGUAGAGCUAUUUCAAUAAAGUAGUUUCAUGAAGUAGAA